AUGAAGCAGUCUCCCCUAUUAACAAUUCCUGGAUUCGACCUUGGGAAGACAGUCCACAAGGCAUCCGGUAGCCCUUGGUACGGCCCAAACCGAGUCUUGUACUUGGGCCCACUCUCCGGAGAGCCACCAUCCUACCUCACUGGUGAAUUCCCUGGUGACUAUGGUUGGGACACUGCUGGCCUUUCUGCUGACCCGGAGACCUUUGCCAAAAACCGUGAGCUUGAGGUGAUCCAGUGCAGAUGGCCCAUGCUCGGAGCUCUCAGGUGUGUAUUCCCUGAGCCCUUGGCUAAUAAUGGUGUCAAGUUCGGUGAGGCUGUAUGGUUUAAGGCCGGACCCCAAAUCUUCAGCGAGGGUGGACUUGACUACUUGGGCAACCCCAGCUUGAUCCAUGCCCAAAGUAUUUUGGCCAUCUGGGCCUCACAAGUCAUCUUGAUAGGCGCUGUUGAGGGCUACCGUAUUGCUGCUGGGCCGCUCGGUGAGGUGACUGACCCACUCUACCCCGGUGGAAGCUUUGACCCAUUGGGCCUUGCUGAUGACCCAGAGGCUUUUGCUGAACUUAAGGUGAAGGAGAUCAAGAAUGGCAGACUUGCCAUGUUUUCUAUGUUUGGGUUCUUUGUCCAGGCCAUCGUGACCGGAAAAGGCCCAUUGGAGAACCUCGCUGACCACCUUGCGGAUCCAGUCAACAACAAUGCUUGGGCCUAUGCCACUAACUUUGUCCCCGGGAAAUGAGAGAGAAAAAAAAGACUCAAGUUGUGAGUUCAAUUUAAUUUAAAGAAUGAAUAUGAGAAUGGUGCGU